AUGGGAAAAUCAGCUGUUUUCCUGAGAUGUGGAGGUGGGCUAAAGCCUUGGCUGGCUUGUACUGGUAUAGAAAAUAUCGAUGAAGCUAUAACUUUGCUUGAACAAAAUAACUGGGAUUUAGUGGCAGCUAUAAAUGGUGUAAUACCACAAGAAAAUGGCAUUCUGCAAAGUGAGUACGGUGGAGAGACUUUACAAGGACCAGCAUAUGGCCCCACAAGUCAUUCUACAGCAGCUUCUUCAGCUUCUUCAUCUUCCUCAGCGUUUCGCCAUGUAGUGCCAUCUAGACAAAUAGUGGAAAGACAACCUCGAAUGCUUGACUUCAGGGUUGAAUACAGAGACAGAAAUGUGGAUGUAGUACUUGAGGACAGCUCUACAGUUGGAGAUAUCAAACAUAUUCUAGAAAAUGAACUUCAGAUUCCUGCAUCUAAAAUGCUGUUAAAGGGGUGGAAGACUGGAGAUGUAGAUGAUAGUACUGUUUUAAAAACUCUACACUUGCCAAAAAAUAAUAGUCUUUAUGUUCUAACGCCUGACCUGCCUCCUCCUUCUUCAAGUCAUUCUGGGUAAGUCUUUUGUCCAUAGAUUCUGCUUUGUAUGAUUCUUUCUGUGUGUUUUCUAUGAAGCAGUUUGCAUUCUUGCAGGAAUUUGCAAUCAGUGAAUGUGCAGUGUUUCACUGUUCUGAGAUGCAAGUGUAAAGACUGACCUCAGCACCUCACUGUUGAAGGAAGGUUGUUAAAAAAAAGUUUUAAGAAAACUGUGGUGUAAUACAUACUGAGGUUCAUACAGAAUUUUGCAUCUUCAAGUUUUUAUGACUUAAUUUUUUUAAGAUCCUGGAAAUGAAAGCUGGUCUUUCAUAAUUUAUCACAUUAGAGUGAUCCAUUUAACAUAAACAUAUACAAAUUGUUACCAGCAGACCAGAAUUUUCUUUCUGAAGUGUGUUACAUCAUUUUAUCAUAUCUUCUUGGACUUAUGAAGUGUACACAGUAAUAAUUUUCUCUAAGCAGGAUAUUUUCUAUUACUGAUUUCAAUACUCAAGUGUUCACUAGUCAGUAAAUAUUGCAAAGGUUAGAAAAUUAGAUAGUUUUUAUGGGAAAUGGAAUCGUUGUUGUAAAAUAAUUUGUAGCUACUUUGCAUUAAUUUAUUUCUCUUAUUUUCUACCCUGUCUAUAUGUUUCUCAAAGGUGAAUUGGUGUGUAUUCUUCAUGGGUAAACGGGAAUUUUAUUCCGUAGCCACUAGAGGGUGCACUGUAAUUGAGUGUGAAAGGAAUAGCUCUGAUCCUAAAUUGUCAAGUAAGCAGGAAAGAUUGCAGUUUGAAAUGAUCAAAUUGCAUAAUCAGUAGACUAGAUUGCCUUCAGAUUGUCUGAAGAGGGAAUUGAUUUUCUGCUGCUGUAGAUAGAUAGCAGAAUAUUCUACAAAUAUGAUGAAGGAAACCUUUUGACAAUCAAUAGAAAUAAAUAUAGUACUUAGGUCCAUAACCCUGUAUGCUGUGGAGGAAAUAAGAAAGCUGAUCUUUAUUAAUUAAAAAAAAAAAAAAAAAAAAA